UUCGCUGUCAACCGUCGUGGAGUUUGCACGUGAAUACAAUUAGGUAGGAUAGAAGGAGUUUGUGUUCAGAGUGUUCCAGUGUACCUAGUUCUUAGUUCUAGAUCCGUCGUUUCGUUAGUAUACUUUUUGCGGUGGGUGUUAGUAGCAUUGGGUGGUGUGCAAGUGGUUCUAAUCAGGAGAAGGUGAUAAGAACGCGUGUAGGUCAUCAUUUGGGAGUGACGAAUCAGCAGCAGCCGAGUAUUGAUGAGUGUCAGCUGUAAUGUGUCAAUUGAAAAAGUGAGAGAAGAAAAUAGCAGAACAAGAAAAAUGGCACCCAAUUCAACCCAGCUUAUCUAGCAAAAAAGGGGGUUUAGUAACAAAAUUCUUCGCAAAAACCAGCCCGGGGGUGAAUGGUAGUGAUCGCAACCCACGAAGCGAUAAAAUACCUGCCGACAGUUUGUGAGCGCGCGUUGUUUUCGUCUGAAAGCGAGGAGAUCGGCCAAAGCAAAUAUUUACUUACCGAAUCGCGUCAAGCCGCGCACGCGGCUCUGAUCCCGACUUACUUUACCCGUCUGUCGUGUUUUAAGCGCGUUCUACCCGUCUUAUGUAUGUGGAAGCAGCCAGGCUCAAGUGAGUCCGGGCUUUAGUGCACCGCCAACCAGCCAGCAGCAGUAGUAGUGUGCGUCUCGAGAACACGGCGUCCGUAAUGGCUGCGUCGUCGGUAGGUGGGCCGGCAGUGACGGCAUCCAGAGGCAACAGCAGCAGCAGCAGUAGUGGUAAUAGCAGAAGCAGAAUCAAUAAUGUCAAUGUCAAAUCGCACCUGUUCCUAUCUGUGGCGAUAACGGCGCUGGCCGUGUCGCUACUGCUACCGGCCGGGGAGGCCUUCAACGUGGACACCGUGAACUAUGUCCUGCACGAGGGCACGGCCAAUUCGAUGUUCGGGUUCAGCGUCGUUCUGCACCAGGAACAGCAGAGAAGCUGGGUCAUAAUCGGUGCACCCACGGCUGACACGUCCGCCUACCAGGAGGGUGUGGUAAAUGGUGGCGCCGUCUACCGGUGCGACAUCUUCGUCGGCAACCGGUGCAAUCUGAUCCCGUUCGAUGCCAAAGGAAACUCGUUCAACGAUAAAAACGAACAAGUCGACACCAAGUCGAACCAAUGGUUCGGAGCGACCGUGGCCAGUGCCGGCGUGGAUGGACCUUUAGUGGCAUGUGCUCCCCGUUACGUAUUUCAUCAGCUGCAGCCCCGGAAGGUGGAACGAGUGGAACCGGUGGGAACCUGCUACAUCGCUCGGAACAAUAUGCAGCAGUUUGAUGAAUAUUCGCCUUGCCGAACAAUGUACUGGGGUUAUCAUCGGCAAGGAUCAUGUCAGGCUGGUUUCAGUGCCUCACUGACUAAGACGGGCGAUCGAGUGUUUGUGGGCGCACCCGGAAGCUACUAUUGGCAAGGACAAGUGUAUUCCAUUAAUACCGAAGCUGUGUUCCCCUAUAAACCCCCGCGAUAUGGUCAGUUUGGCGAAGGAGGUCAAAUCUACUCGUUCAGCUUGAACAACCCCCGGGACAAGGUGUAUUCGACGGGUGAGAGCACCUCGACGGAGGACGACUCCUACCUGGGCUACUCUUCGGCGACGGGCGAUUUCAACGGGGACGGCAGCAUGGGCGUCGCCGUCGGAAUGCCCCGGGGCGGUGGCCUCCUCGGGAAGGUGUUGAUCUUCUCGUGGAACAUGACCAAUCAGCAGAACAUCACCGGCGAACAGAUCGGGGCCUACUUUGGGUACUCGCUCGCAGUCGUCGAUGUCGAUGGUGACAAGCUGGACGACCUGAUUGUUGGCGCCCCGAUGUACACUGAACCGAACAACGAGGGGAAGUACGAAACGGGGCGGGUUUAUAUCAUCUACCAGGAUAAGGUGAAUAAGUUCCAGGAGGUCGAAACGCGGGAUGGCGUCAAUUCGAAGGCGAGAUUUGGACUGUCCGUGUGUUCGUUGGGAGAUAUCAAUUUGGAUGGAUUUGGAGACUUUGCGGUGGGGGCUCCCUAUGAUGGACCGAAUGGACGGGGGGCGGUUUAUGUUUACCACGGGUCGCCGACGGGACCGCUGCCGAAGCCAUCGCAGGUUAUUUUGGCGGAGGAUAUUGCUGGAGUUUCUCGGAUAUCGACGUUCGGAUUUUCCGUCGCCGGUGGAGUUGAUCUUGAUGGGAAUCAGUAUCCGGAUAUGGUGGUGGGAGCAUAUGAAGCUGAUAAGGCGCUGGUGUUCAAGUCACGCCCGGUAGCGGUGAUGGAGGCUAGCACACUGUUUGAGACUGAAAACAAGCUUAUCUCACUGGAUGAUGUGAACUGUACUUUACGCGAUCGGAAGCAAGUUCCUUGUACGGUAGUUAAUUCGUGCAUGAAGUAUAAUGGUAUCAACGUUCCACCAACUUUGGAUAUCGAGGUUUCGUGGCUCCUGGAUUCGAAGAAGUCGCGUAACCCGCGACUGUUCUUCAUCAACGAAGAAGGUCGCAAUCUCCGCAAUCAAUCGGUGCGGUUGUACCGAGGAAAGCUGGAGUGUAAAAGCGAACGGGUUUACAUUGCGGAGAAUAUUCGUGAUAAAAUCACCCCACUGGAGGUUGAGAUGAAAUACAGCUUGCGACAGAGUAGCUCCAGCGCGCAGGGCGGACGACGAGCCACUGUUGACCCAGUACUUGAUCAAAACCGAGGAACAGUUCAAAAAGACUCCAUCAACAUUCAAAAGAAUUGCGGACCGGAUAACGUUUGCAUACCGGAUCUUCGACUGCAAGUCAACAUGGUUGACGAAUACUUGCUUGGAUCCGGAAAGCUGCUGGCAAUCGAUAUUCUGAUAUCAAACUUCGGCGAAGACGCCUUCGAAGCCGGCUUCUACAUGUCAAUCCCACCGGAGUUGAAUUUCCGUCGGGUUGAGAAGGUUGGUGAAAUAAAGGAUACUCCCAUCCUGUGCACCACGCCGCCAGGGGCGACUAACGGAACGCUCAAGUGCGAUAUUGGAAAUCCGCUGUCCAGCGGAAAAGUCGUCAACUUCAAGGUACUACUUUCCCCCUCGAUCAAGGUCGGAAUGGCUCCGAGCUACGAUUUCUACAUGGAAACAAAUUCAACCAACGCGGAACUCACUGGAUCUGAUCUCGAUAACAUCUUUGAGAAGAGCGUUGGAAUCGCCAUUAAAACAGAUCUGUCGAUAUCCGGCGUUUCACAUCCGGAUAGCUUCCUGUACAAUUACACUGAAUACCGAACGGUGGAGGAAGCGGAAACAGAACACCAUCUUGGUCCGCAAGUGGUUCACAUCUACGAAAUACGCAACGAAGGACCGUCGACCAUCGACGAAGCGGAGUUCUUUGUCAUGUGGCCGUACGAAACGAAUGAAGGCGAUCCGCUGAUGUACCUUCUAGUGCAACCGGAAACCAGUGGCAACAUCAAGUGCCAACCUAGCAGCUACAUCAAUCCAAGGGAUUUGGCCAUCGAGAAUCCACGAAAAAGCUACCUGGAAAAAGUUGGAGCCUCGUUCGGCGCUCACGAAAGCUCCGCUUCUGUGAGUUCAACGGGAUUUUCUCGUAGUGAGACCACCGUUGGUGGCUCAACGUCGUCAAGUCAAAGUUCCGGGUCCAGUUCGGCCUCGCGCACUGGUAGCGGAGCAACACAUAGCGUGCAUCGCACGCAAACGGUUCUAACGGAUUCCGAUCGACGUCGGUUGGAUGACGAAGAAAACCAGGAAUCUACCGGAGAUGCUUCCUUUGUUCAUCGCCAGCGGGCGGAAAGUGCACAGGCGCACUCACAGUACGCCGCAGGCACCAGCGCCAACGCUGCCGGAGGUCAACGGUACGGAACUGAUCGAGACAGCAGCAGCAGCGGUGGAUCCAUGCGUGAGUACUCGCACAGCAGUAGCUGGAACUCGACUAGCAACAACGGAGGUCCAGCGGUGACGUUCAGUGCCAGCCGCAAUCGAACGGUUUAUCGGGGUGAAGACGGACGCGUUCGGGUUAGCGAAAGCAGUACCGAACAUUACGGCAAGUCGGUUGCAGCAUUUGCCGGCAUCGGAGCGAACGUUGAUGGCCAGAUGUUGCACAAGGAAGACUUCAGCGAUAUCUACCGGCAGGAGGAGAGCCGUAGUCGAACGGCAGGAGGUGCUGAUGGAAGUACGUCGUUCCGUGUGGGCGGUGGAAGCGGCUACCGACAAGGUUCCAGCUCUGGAUCCUCUUCCUCCUCCUCACCAUCAUCAUCUCACGUGUCGUCCUCUGGUUAUGGCGGUACAUCGUCCUCCGGCCACGGAGGCGGAAUCUACAAGAGCGAGUCAACGCACACCGAGGAUGUCAAUCAGGACAUCUCCCGGCUGAGUUCGCGAACGCACGCUGCUAUGCAGGGCAGCGAAGAAUCCGUUGCUUCCGGAGGAACCCGACGCCGAAUGAAGAGCCAACAGGAUGGUCAAGCCUCGCGGCCAGAUUUGAUUACCGGCAUGCCGGCCAUCGAACGGGCAGCGCAAGGUCGUGGUGGAUUCCAGUCGGUCACAUUGAACUUGGGACCACUGAGCCGGCAGAAUGUUGAUGAUGAGGUGCGGCGCAGUAGUGCUGGAAGGAUUGCAACAGUGGAAAGUUCUACCAGUAGUGCGGUGUCACGAGAAAGUACGAGUUCACAUGGGGGUCACGCCUCCGGCCACGAAGAACGUCAGCAAUCUUCGUCGUCUUCAUCGUCGUCAAGUAGAACACAGUCGAGUUCCUCUUGGUCUUCGUCUGGAACGAGCACCAGUCAGCAUGGGGCUGGGACCGGUGGAAGUCAAACUGAAUAUACGCAGCACCAUUCGAGUGCCGCCUAUGGCGGAAUCCUCAAUGAAGAGGACGGCGAAGAUUACGUUGAUGAGUAUGACAACGAUGGCGAAGAUGGUUACGAUGAUCAGCAUGAAUCUCGUGGAAACUAUGGAUCAACUUACCACAGCACCCGAACAAACCCGAAUCAAGGUCACGACAAUAUCGAGCAGCGAUUCAAGCACUAUCAGCACUUCGACCGACGCCAGCGGCGUCAAGUCAUCGACGGGGAAGACGAGAACGAUCGGGCACUGAACGAAGCCCUCCAGUGUCGGGCCAUUCGGUGUGCCAUCAUUCGCUGUUUGGCCGGUCCAAUCGGUGACAAGGAUAUCGCCUUCAUCGGACUGCGCACCCGAGUGGUGGCGCACACCUUGCACAAAAUAUCCUCUGGGACGGGGAUCAAUUUUUCCACGAUGACGGUGGCCCGCGUUACGAGCCUCCCUUACAUCGGACGCCCGAAAGAGAUGCCCCUGAAGACGCAUGAAAUUCAGGUUAGGGCAACACCGGAACCGACUCCCAAACCGGACGUGAUUCCACUGUGGAUCGUGGUGCUGGCAGCCUGCGCCGGUACGAUCAUCCUGCUGCUACUGAUAUAUCUGCUGUCGAAGUGCGGUUUCUUCAACCGAAAUCGACCGACAGACUCGCAGGAGCGACAGCCGCUGAAUCGAAAUGGCAACUAUCAUGGUGAUGAACAUCUGUGAGGCGAGUGAAAAAUACGAAAAAAUCUCGAUGAUUCUAGUGAAAUGCCAAUUUCUGCUCGAACAAAAAAAAAACGAGCGAAGAUAAGUUUUAAUCAAUCGAAACGCUUAGAAACUGGCCAGGAUGCCGAACUGGUGGAACAGUUAAUUUGAUGAGAUUUUCCCUGGUUUCCCGCGAGCUGCUGACGAAAUCGAAUUGUAUUAACUAACUUUCGUACAACUUAAGCAUAAUUUAUAAUCGCCCCCGGCAAACCGUCUAGAAUCUCAACCUAACGCGCGAAUGAUCUGAAACAAGAAGUAGAAGUACGAUUAAAUCCUUACUUAGUAGUGAAACCUGCCACUGAAUAAUCUAGUGAAAAGCAAUAUCCACCCUAGACUUGCUCGAAGCGUCGUCGUCCAUCAUCAUAUUUCUAACCUAACUUACUCAUCUACUAUUAUCAUCAUCAUCAUCAUCGAUGUUGCACGAGUCGAAUUAAAAAACUUGAGCUAACUAGUCAAUUGAAUUUGAAUCUGACCUUCUCUUACACCUCCCAUCUCUAAUAGGUGCAAUUAAAGUGACAAACAAAAAUUAAUUACACUAACUAUCAGACGGAGAAAAAAACUAACCUUAAAAAAAAAGUCCAGAUGCAAUAUUUACACGAUUUGAGCACAGACCUCCGAACAAGUGGCUGAGAGAUAGAAUCUAGAUCGAACAAAAAAAAAAAAAACAAACCAACAAAAAGAUGCCUUAUUGUAGUUAUUUAUUGUUAGGAAAUUAUCUGAUUUAUGAGGUAGAGUAGGAGAGGGACGAAAAAACAAGCGCGAUGUUAAUGAAUUUUGGUGCCAUUUGCGAAUGUGGAAUAGAAAUCAAAGCUGUUGUUUGUUUUUACUCAAUGAUAAAUUUGAAAAGUAAAAAAAAAAACUGCGAACGAAAUAUGUUUAGCCAAGCCAUAGCAUGUGUAGUGUACAGUACCCGUUCCGUGUAGCAAAACCUGUGUAACAUACGAUUAGUCACUUAACUUUUUUUUGCUGCUCGUAUAGCGUACCGCUGUAUCGAUACAAUAAUUCUAAUUAAUAAUUUUCGAGUUAAACUGUCUAAUAAUGUAUUCGCUCCUAGUUUCGUUCGAUUUUACCCGAAAAAAAAGAGGGUAACCGUCAACCGUUGACUGUGUAAAUAAUUUUUUUUAUUCUUUUUGAAAUAGCGAACCGCAUGGAAAGAAAAAGAAAAUAUAGAAAACAGUUUAAUAACACCUGUAA